AUGGCCGCCUCCGCCCUCUUCAUCCUGGACCUCAAGGGGAAGCCGCUGAUCAGCCGCAAUUACAAGGGGGAUGUGGGUCUGGGGGAGAUCGAGCACUUCAUGGGGGUCCUGCUGCAGCGCGAGGAGGAGGGGACGCUCACGCCCGUGCUGACCCACGGCCACGUGCACUUCCUGUGGAUCAAACACGCCAACCUGUACCUGGUGGCCACCACCAGGAAGAACGGCAACGCCUCCCUGGUCUUCUCCUUCCUCUACAAGGUGGUGGAGGUGUUCUGCGAGUACUUCAAGGAGCUGGAGGAGGAGAGCGUCCGCGACAACUUCGUCAUCGUCUACGAGCUGCUGGACGAGCUGAUGGACUUCGGCUUCCCGCAGACCACGGACAGCAAGAUCCUGCAGGAGUACAUCACCCAGGAGGGGAACAAGCUGGAGACGGGCCGGUCGCGCGUGCCCACCACGGUGACCAACGCCGUGUCCUGGCGCUCCGAGGGGCUGCGCUACAAGAAGAACGAGGUGUUCAUCGACGUCAUCGAGGCCGUCAACCUGCUGGUGAGCGCCAGCGGCAGCGUGGUGCUGAGCGAGGUCGUGGGCACCAUCAAGCUCAAGGUUUUCCUCUCGGGGAUGCCGGAGCUGCGCCUGGGCCUCAACGACCGCGUGCUGUUCGAGCUGACGGGCCGGGGCAAGAACAAGUCGGUGGAGCUGGAGGACGUGAAGUUCCACCAGUGCGUGCGUCUGUCCCGCUUCGACAACGACCGCACCAUCUCCUUCAUCCCCCCCGACGGCGACUUCGAGCUCAUGUCCUACCGCCUGCACACGCAGGUGAAGCCGCUGAUCUGGAUCGAGUCCAUCAUCGAGAAGUUCUCGCACAGCCGGGUGGAGAUCAUGGUCAAGGCCAAGGGCCAGUUCAAGAAGCAGUCGGUGGCCAACGGCGUGGAGAUCUUGGUGCCGGUGCCCAGCGACGCCGACUCACCCAAGUUCAAGACCACGGCGGGGUCGGCGCGGUACCUGCCCGAGAGGAACGUGGUCAUCUGGAGCAUCAAAUCCUUCCCCGGGGGCAAGGAGCACCUGAUGCGCGCCCACUUUGGGCUGCCCAGCGUGGAGAAGGAGGGAGAGGGGCGGCCGCCCAUCGCCGUGCGCUUCGAGAUCCCCUACUUCACCGUCUCGGGCAUCCAGGUGCGGUACAUGAAGAUCAUCGAGAAGAGCGGGUACCAGGCGCUGCCCUGGGUGCGCUACAUCACCCAGAGCGGGGAUUACCAGAUCCGCACCAGCUGA